AUGCCAAAGACGAUACUGGAUCAAAAUCUUUCAUUUCAACACGUCUUUCAAACAAAUCAGACUCAAUCGGCAAACGCAACACGGCGCCGGCAACUUGCUAUUCUGGGAUUCAAAUUGACGCGAUGCGGAAGAUUCAGCGUGCCAUUGUGCAAGCUAGGUCUCUUCCUGUUCACCGCAGUAACCAAGAUCAAAACCAAACAGAGCAAAACAAUAUUAAACGACGGAGAUGCGACGAGAGCGCAGCUUACGGAGAAGAAUAACGGCAUUUGGAGACUCAACGAUACACAACAUCGUGACAAGCGACCGCAUAAUGCUCCAGCCCGUGCCGCAUUCACCGACGGAGCAUUGCAGAAGUCACCAGUUGCCGACAGCUCGCAGUCCCCGCGUGACCUUUGCAGCGCCGUUGAGUUAGAGGUUGCGUUGAUGUGGGCGACGUUCCCCGCAGAUAAUUCCGAUGGAUAUGUAGCUGGUAGAGGCUUGGACGCGGGACCGAUGCAUGCAGGACUCACCUAUAGUACGUUGGAUUCGGGAUUCGUUGCACACACAGCAGCAGCUGGGCAUGGCAUGGCAUGGCAGGCCAUCAGCACGGCACGAGAGACGGGCGGCAUGAGAAAAGCAGCUGUCGAUCCCCUUUUCGUGAGGCGAGUAUAG